AUGGGGCCGGGCCAAUGUUCGGGCCCUCAGGCACGCCUAGCUAGAUAUAUCCUUUCCCGAACGACAUUUGUUGUAAAGUACAUAAACUCAUGCAAACAACAACAAAAACCACCACCAAACCUUAGUUCCCAUAUCACGAUAUCACUUUCCGAGGAAAGGAUAAAUCUCGUAUCGCAUGACACAACUCCCGUAAUAAACCCUCCCGCCAACUUUUCUCGUGCAGCACGCCGAAAGCGCGCUCACGGCCUCGUUCAGGCAGCUCGUGCACUGUUCCGACGAGAGGUCCAUGGUGCACUGCGCCAUCCCGUACAGCGUCUUGUUCCCACUCUCCUUUUCCGGAAGCUCGACCGUACUUUCCGCGAACAUCUCAGUUUUUCCAUUUUCGGCCAGUUUCUCCAACAAUUCCACGGCAGUUUUAUUAAACUUCUCCGCGUGGCUUGCACUCUUCACGUUCACGAGCGCGAGCGAGUUUUCCGUGUCGACUCGUCUGAAAAACUCGCUAUCCGACAUUUGUCGUCGUACCAACUGAUCCCUCUGCGUUUUCCGGGGCAUUGGGUUUUCAUGAGGUUUGACGUGGCGGUGCUGACGCACGCGUGGCAGUCAUCGGGCCCGACGUCACCGCGGCAUUGGGCCAGGCCGUAG